UGAUAGGAAAAGAGGUAGGUACAGUACCAUUACUCCGGUCUCCAAUGCGUGGCCACCGUCGGUAGGGGCCGGAUCAACAUCCCAAUUCGGUUCCCCACUUACAUUGGUGUUCACACACCCCUUUUUUCAUAUAUUUAUACAUAAAGCCUACCCACCUCACUCAGACGACGGCCACCACCUCGCUCCGGUCAUCCCACACAGAAAACAUACACCACCAUCAUGGCUGCUCCUCUUACCCAAGCUCACAUCGACAUCGUCAAGGCAACGGCGCCCGUCCUCAAGGAGCAUGGCGUCGCCAUUACCUCUGUCUUUUACGACAACAUGCUCCGGGAAGUCCCGGAUCUUAACAACAUCUUCAGCGCCACCAGCAAGGUGACGGGCCGCCAGCCGCGCGCGCUCGCCGCCGCCGUGCUGGGCUACGCCACGUACAUCGACGACCUGCCCAAGCUGGCGCACGCUGUCGAGCGCAUCGCGCACAAGCAUGUGUCGCUGCAGGUCACGGCCGCGCAGUACGACAUUGUCGGCAAGUAUCUGAUCCAGGCCAUCGGCCAGGUGCUUGGCGAAGCCGCAACCCCGGAGAUUGUCGAAGCCUGGAUCGCCGCGUACGGCGUGCUGGCCAAAGUCUUCAUCAGCCGCGAGGCCGAGAUGUACAAGGCGAACGCGGCCGAGAACUGGGUCGGCUGGCGCAAGUUCCGCAUCGUCAAGAAAGUGCCCGAAAGCAGCAGCAUCACCAGCUUCUACCUGGCGCCGACCGACGGCAGCGCUACCCCACUGCCCAAGUUCUUGCCCGGCCAGUACGUCAGCCUGCAGAUCCCCGUGCCCCAGCUGGGCUACCUGCAGAGCAGGCAGUACAGCCUGAGUGAGGGCCCGACCGCCAAGGGAUGCGACCACUACCGCAUCAGCGUGAAGAGGGAGGACGGCGAGGUGACCCACAUCCCUGGCAUCAUCUCCAACAUGCUCCACGACAAGUACAACGUCGGCGACGAGGUCGAGCUGUCGCACCCGCAGGGCGAGUUCUUCUUGGAUCCCAACGACACGAGCAAAGAAGGCGUCCCCGCGGUUCUGAUCUCGGCCGGAGUCGGCGCCACGCCGCUCAAGGCUAUACUCGACACUUUGACGGGAGAGCAGGCAGUCGUGAAGAGGCCCGUGUCGUGGAUCCACGCGGCCCGGUCGCGCGCGCGGAUGCCGUUUGCUGACGCCGUCCGGCAGAUCUGCCGCGAGAACAGCAACGUCUUGUCGACCGUGUUCCUGCGGAACGUGGGCGUUGAGGAUCAGGCCGGCGUGGACUACGACUUUGGGAGCAUGCGCCUGGACCUCGCCCGGCUGGAUAAGGACCGUGCCCUGUUUGUUAGCGACCCCAGGGCCGAGUACUACGUCUGCGGUCCGGAGCCGUUCAUGCUGGAUGUCCGCCGCGCGCUGGUCUCUUUGGGUGUGGACAGGGCGAGGAUAUUCCUGGAGCUGUUUUCGACUGGUGAUGUUCCUGAUGAGUGAAUACCUAAGCUAUACCUGGAAUGAAUUGGAGAGGGAUUGUAAGCGUUCGAUUGGGCGGUAGCCGGGGCGUUGGGCUGGUUAGGCGUUCGGACUGCUUCUUGGUGUAUCCCUAAUGGUGUAUUUAGUGUAAUAUAUUAGGAGUUUCUUCGCUCUCAUCCUAUCGGUUUGCAAUCUGACAUGUUCUAUACCCAGAUGGCUAACUUGGAACACCAUCAAAGUUUUUUGCUUUGGAGGGUCAGAUCUUCCACAUCAAGGCAACCUUGAAGUUGACUUCCCCGUCUCGACCUAGUGAGCUCCCUUCAUCAGGCUGACUACCGCUGUCCUAGGACGAGUACUUUGCACGUGUGUUCAGGUGCGGAGGCGGUUUAGGACGACAGACAGAUGAAUCUGAACAGUCCUCGCAAAUCAGAGCCAAACUCCAAGCGCCCCUUUCUCGAGAAACUA